GUGAUAUAAAUGGCUGGAGGAAACAGUAACGUGACUAGCACUAGUUGUUGUUAUGUCUCAGAUCUAGUCAUGGUUGUGAAGAAGAAAGCACCUAAAGUGGAGGCUGUAGCUGUGGAUGAUGUCAAGCUGAAGAGCCUGACAGAUUCCCUGUCUGUGGAGGGGGAUAGUAGAUCCACAGAGCUAGCUCGGGUUCUGAAGGACAGUUUAUCGUCCUCUGACCCGGUUGAGCAGAUCCAGCUCAUCUCUAAGGCAGGCGUCCUGUUGGAGCAGUUGAGAGAGGACGAGUGCACUAUGGGUCCUUUACUGCAGGCUUGCAUGAGCACACUUGCGUUCCUGUUUACCACACUGCCAGCUAAGAACCCUCUUAAGAGAGCCGUAGCAAGUGCACUAGGAAGUGGCCCGGAUUGGCUGCAGGAGCAGACGGUUGGAUGUCUGUCUGAGAGCCUGUCUUCCUGUCUCUCCUCUACGAGCACAGAUCACUGCUCACACUUAACAGAUAGCAUCACUUCCUGUCUGGAUGGCUUUAAAAUCGGUGAGAAAUGUGUUCACCAUUUGCUAAUAGAAGUGCUCCAGUUCUUCCAAAGGACAUUCGAUUAUUAUGUGGAGCAGAACAGGGGUUUGUCUGGUCGUCAUGUGGCCCAGGCUCAGCUGAUGCAGUCGUGUCUGGCAGCGGUGAAGGCCUCAAUGCUGGUGGUUCAGAGGUCUCAGGAACCCAUCACUACUGCAGUGCUUUCAGCUUCAGAUGACCAAUCUGAUCUACAUCAGGCUCUCAGUGGACUACUCAGCUGCUAUACAUGCAUCUUGACUGAUGAGGAGUUUGUUCAGACGGUCCAGAGCACUGCUGGGAUGGCCGUUGUUUUGCUCAUUAGAUCUACUAUUGGUAAUGGAGAUGAUGUACCUGUCAUAGUUGCGGGUCUUCUGCAGUGUUCAGUGGAUGCAGGCAGCAUCGCCCCUCAGUGGCUGAGACAGAGCUGCGCAGGUCUGUAUGAGAGCGGCAGGCCUGCAGCUGUGGCUCUGUAUCUGAGUCAUGGAGCUCUGGCUAUGCUCAGCUGGAGAGGAAAGACUCUUGGUCCACAGGCCGAGAAACUGCUGCUGCUCAUACCUGAAGUGCUCCUGUCUCUAGAUACAAGAGUGAAGGAGUCCAGUACGGUGAUGGUAGUGGCUCGGGUUUUGACACUUUGGAGUGGAGCUGCGGUUUACUGCGUCCAGGUGGACACACGUCCCCCUCUCCUUCGCUCGUCUCUAAUUGGAGGCUCUUCUCUAAUCGCACGCCUUCACCAGCACAUCUACGCCCACUGGGAGCACCCGCUGGACGGGGUUCGACACCAGACGUGCUUCAUGUUCCAGAACCUCCUCACGCUCCACCAGCACUGCAGUGACCACAAGUCCGAUCCCACCGGUGACCCUUACAUCACCCAGCUCACCCAGGACCUUCUAAUGCUGGAGUGGCAUAUGAAAGGGAAGUACGGCACACUGGGCUGCCUGGUGGAGCAUUUAGGAGCAGAGUAUUUACUCAAGCUUGAUGGGGGGCUGCCAUCCAGGCUGCUGGAUCUGAUGGGGGAUCAGACGAUGGCACCGUACGCCAGCGACCUUCUGGAGAAGCUGUUUGUCAGCCAUAAGGCCCAGUUGUGUGCACGGUUUAGGGCUGGGGAUGCCUGGAUAGAAGUUUGGGUGAGGCCUCUGCUGCAGGUACUGUGCACAGCCCGAUUGGAUCAAACCACUUAUAUACUGGACUACUUCCUGCCCAAACUGCUACGCUGCAACCCCUCCAGCCUUAGCCACAUGGUACAAGCCCUGCAGGAGAUGCCAGCUUGCACUGAGGGGUCAGCUGGCAGCAGAGGUGCGUUGGGGGCUUUGAUGACGUGUCUGCGUGCCGCCCGGUCUCAGGGUGUUCUCAAGUCUGUGGAGGAGGAAUUGUGGGGUGGCCUGGUGCCGCUCCCACUAAUGCGACAGGCUCUGGUGCACAAACACGAUCAGGUGCGAAUGGAUGCUCUGGGUUUGGUAUGUGAGAGCCAUCGCAGCACAGAAACUCUGUCCAGACAGGAAAUAGAGCUGAUCCGGCACUUCCUGCCCUUUAAUCUAAACAGUCAGUCACCAGGAGUCAGACAGCAGACUGUCAGUCUGUUAAAGAAGCUCCUGUGUAGGGUGAAGGACAGCGCUCAGCUGCUGCAAAAGAAACUAGACCAGCAUCACAACCACAAAGACCAGCAAGUCUUCAACAUGUACCAGGAGUUUCUGCGCUGGUUCUGCGAGACUCUAUUCCAGGUGUUUCACCCAGGAGCCUCAUUCUCCAGGUGUCUGAUGGCUCUACACCUGCUGGGGCUGAUCGCUGAGCAUUUCACCUUUAACACAGGCUGCGGUUUUGCUCUUGGAGAGUCAGUGAGCUUUUCUCAUGCUCAAGCUGUGCUGUACUGUCUUGCAAGCAACUUUCUUGAAGUCAAACAUCUCGCCUGCAACCUCUUACAAAAGCUGCCCCCCGCAGCAGUGCGACUCCAGGAGCCGGAGAGGCUGCAGUCUUUGCUUCAGGUCGCUCUGGACCUCAGCACCAGCACCAAACCCUUCGACAGCGUCACUGCCGCUCAUCUUCUCAACCUGCUGCUGCACCAGCCGGGUCUGCAGGCUGCGUUACUCCGCUGUAUCCAGAAGCGGCACAUCCCUGUCCAGCCACCAGCACUGAUCCAGUCCCAGACGUCUGAGGCUGCCAGUCUGGAGCAGAACACUCUGGCAGUGGUGCAGUGGCUGAUGGUGUGUCUGAAGGAAGAGGUUUUGAAGGCCGAGUCGUCUCUUCUGCAGGCCGCUGCUUCCUAUCCUUUAUAUGGCAGAGCUCACUGCAUCACUGCAGUCCUGCAGCAGCUCAACACUGGAUCACUUGUACUGCUGUCUGAGUGGAGGGCUGUUGUGUCCGAGCUCAUAGGCCUGUGCUACAGGAUGUCUGAUGUCGUGUCACCUGUGGUUCAGAGCUCUUCCCCUGAGGGCCUUAUUCCCAUGGAUACAGAGUCUGAGACCUCUGCUGGCCUCCAGAAGAUCCUGCAGGAGAUUCAACCUCGUGACACAAACGAUUUUUUCACUAGUGCAAGAGAGCUGGACCCCAGUGAGAGCGACUGUAACAGCGAACAGAAAGAGCCAGAGAACGCAGUUCAUAAACCACAAUCCUGUAACAGUGGUGGUGGUGAUGGAGAGGCCUAUCGAGUCACCGCUCAGAUGGUGCUGGUGUGUUGCUGGAGGACCAUGAAAGAGGUGUCCAUGUUGCUGGGUCAUCUGUGUCAGAGCAUGCCGCUGUGCUGUUUUCUCACACACGCUGACGGCAGAGGAGUUGUCACGGAGGACCAGGUGGAAGGUGUGGGGCAGUACUUUCGGGAGCAGCUGCUGCAGUCUCGUCACAGGGGGGCGUUUGAACUGGCCUACGUGGGAUUUGUUCGGCUCACUGAGAUGCUGUGCAGGAGUGGGAGCGCUACGCUGCAACAGCUGCCAGCACACUGGCUGAAGGAGGUUCUUGAGGAAGUGAAAUCCAGUGACCCCUCCUCCAAACUGUGUGCGACCCGCCGCAGUGCAGGAAUACCCUUCUAUAUACAGGCCCUGCUGUCCUCUGAGCCCAAAUCAUCCAGCUGUGGACUCCUGAAGAUGACCAUGAGAUCUCUGAUGGCAUUGGCUAUGCCCUCUAAUGAUGCAGAUACUGAGAGCAGCUCUGUGCCACAGGUCCACGCUCUGAACAUCCUGAGGGCUUUGUAUCGAGACACACGUCUGGGGGAGAACAUUGUGCCAUUUGUGUCAGAUGGCAUGCAAGCUGCUAUCCUGGGUUUCACUUCUCCUGUGUGGGCCGUGAGGAACUCCUCGACUCUCCUGUUUAGCACUCUGAUCACGCGGAUAUUUGGGGUAAAGAAGGGAAAAGAUGAGCACUCCAAAAAGAACAGCUCAACUUAUAGAAUAAUUACCGGUCAACUUAAAGCCCUGCUGUCCUCUGAGCCCAAAUCAUCCAGCUGUGGACUCCUGAAGAUGACCAUGAGAUCUCUGAUGGCAUUGGCUAUGCCCUCUAAUGAUGCAGAUACUGAGAGCAGCUCUGUGCCACAGGUCCACGCUCUGAACAUCCUGAGGGCUUUGUAUCGAGACACACGUCUGGGGGAGAACAUUGUGCCAUUUGUGUCAGAUGGCAUGCAAGCUGCUAUCCUGGGUUUCACUUCUCCUGUGUGGGCCGUGAGGAACUCCUCGACUCUCCUGUUUAGCACUCUGAUCACGCGGAUAUUUGGGGUAAAGAAGGGAAAAGAUGAGCACUCCAAAAAGAACAGAAUGACCGGCCGAGAGUUUUUCACUCGUUUUCCUGCCCUCUAUCCCUUCCUCCUCAGUCAGCUACAGGAAGCUGCAGCCUCUGUGAACAGUGAUUCAGGGCAGGUGAAGCUGCACCCCAGUCUUUUCUUGUUGCUGUUGGUUUUGGGUCGUCUCUACCCGUCUCCUAUGGAUGGUUCAUCAUCUCCUCUGGGAUUAGCUCCCUUUAUGCCCUUAAUCAUCAGGUGUGGUCGCUCUGCAGUGUACCGCACGCGUGAAAUGGCCGCGAGAGCCCUGGUUCCGUUUGUCCUGGUGACCGAAGUUCCCUCCACCAUCCAGACUCUCCUGGAGGAGCUGCCUCAAGAACCUGGACCAGGACUCCAACAAAACCACAUCCAUGGCACACUGCUUCAGGUGCUGUCGCUGUUACGUUCCUACCUGGCCGACACACACAGACCCCAAUCAGGAAAUGAGCAGGGCUGUGACCUCUCCAGUGCCCUUUUUCCACGGCUGUGGCUUGCCACAAGGCAGAAUCUAUGUCUGGUAACACGUGGUGCGUUUCUAGACCUGCUGGGCUGUCUUUGUGGUUGUCUUCCUGUUCCUGUAUCAGAGUCACAGCUGAAGAAACUGCACGAGGAAGCUCUGCAGAUUCUUAUGGCCUCUGAACUUGUGGCUCCUCAGGGGCCCGAUGAAACACUAUAUAUUCACUACCAUUCAAAAUUUUUGUUUACGUAG